UCAAUACGCUCAAAAAAUGUAUAAACAAAUAUUAACCUAACCUUACGUACGUUUUCAUUCCUCGUGUCUACGGCCUACAGUUCAUAAUCCACGUGCACGAUUCGGAAAGAUCGAGAAUACUCUCAAAAUUCUGCAAUUCUUGAUCAUAAUUUUGAAACAUGUCAGACGUAUUUGACAGCAGCUCCUUUUCCGACAAAGACAACAAAGGAAUCGAUCCCGAAUUGGCGGAGCUUUUAAUGGUUGAGAAGCAGAAGGCACAAUUUAAUGCACAGAUUCACGAGUUCAACGAUUUUUGUUGGGAUAAGUGCGUCGAUAAGCCAGGAAGUAAGUUGGACGGCCGCACGGAAACAUGUAUAAACAAUUGCGUUGAUAGAUUCAUAGAUGUUUCACUCUUUGUUACAAAUCGCUUUGCACAAUUAAUACAAAACUCUAUAGGAAAAUAAAAUUUUUAUACAGUAUACCAUUUGGAUAUACUAUGUAUACGAGUAAAAUUGUAUUGAUAAUAGCAUAAGAUUAUCGUAAAUAUUAAAUUUGACAUCACAAUUUGGCGUCACAUUUAUAAUUUAAUAUUUGUGAAUACAAUUUGUGAAUAAAAUUAUGUUAUAACAUUAUAUGUGAAAAUCGAUAUCUUCUUCCAUGUAACAAAUCCAAUAAGAUAUUCAUUUUUAUCACAAAAAA